AUGAAGAGGCUUUGGCCAAGGAAAAAGCUGAAAAAGAACGAAUCGCUCGUGAAGAAGUAUUGGCUGAAGAAGAGAGAAUAGCCGGGGAGGAACGCGAAAGAGUCGCUCGUGAAACUAUUUUGGCAAAGGAAAAAGCUGAAAAGGAAAGGCUGGCCAAAGAAGAAAAGGCAAAACAAGAAAGACUUGAUAAAGAAGAACAAGAAAGAAAAAAACAUGAACAGUUUAUUGCUAAAGAGGUAGAAGAAAAGGAAAGGCUCGCUAAAGAGGAACAAGAUAGAAUUGAUUGUGUUCAGACUCUGGCUAAAGAGAAAGAAGAACAACAGAGACUUGAAAUGGAGAAGCAAGAAGAGAUAGUUCGCGAAAGGGUUCUCGCUAAAGAAAAAGAAGAACAAAAAAUUGCCCAUGAUCAAGUCAUUGAAAAACAAAAAGAUGAAGGUCUUCAUAAAAUAGAUCAAGAUCAAGCUACAAACGAACUUCCUCCAAAUAUCCAUGGAGAAGUCGAACCUGGUAAAUCGCUACCAUUAGAAGACAUUUUCAAAGAAACAAAUAGAGAUUCAGCCGACUCAGAUAAGCACAAUACUAAAAUUGGUGAUUUAAAGAAUGAGAAUACUCCAGUAGUAUCGAACACUGGUGACAAUAACGGCAUAAGGCAGAGAGUUGUUAAAGAGCAAUUAAAUACAAAGAAGACCUCAGACCAUGAUACAAAAGAUAGAAAUAUAGGAAAAAAUGCCACGAAACCUCAUAAAAAAAUCCAGAAGGGUAACCUUCCAAUUUAUUCUGGAAUAAUUAUUUUAGGAUUGUUUAUCGCAUUUGGAAUUGGAAUGACAGUCAUGAAAGCAAUUCCUUAUUUCAAUUCAAAUACUUAAAUCUUUAUUAAUCUUAAAUAUUUUCCAAUGCGCUUCUUUUUUUGGCACGUUCCUCUUCAUUAAUAAUAAAAGAUGAUCUUUGCCACUCCUAUAAUAAUAGUAAUAAUAAAACACGAGACUUAUAGUUUACAAGGGAGC